UUUACAGGCCUGUCUGAAGAAGCAUAUAAAUAGAAGACAAUAUUUUCACUAAACGUACGGACAUUCGGCUUGCACGCUCAGCAUGAAUACCAUCUAUAUACUCACAGCCUUAUGCGCUGUCUUCGAUAUUUCACAAGGUAUAAAAUAUGGAGGUAUCAUGGGAGGCGGUGGUGGAAUGAUGCCAUAUUCAGGAGGGAUGAUGGGCCGUGGAAUGCGCUAUGGCUAUGGUAGUUCGGGCGGAGCAAUGGGAGGAACCGGCGUAGGUUACGGUGGAAUGAGCAGUAUGGGCUAUGGUGGGAUGAUGUCCGGCGGAAUGAGUGGUAUGGGAGGAAUGAGUUAUGGCGGAGUGGAUGGGAUGGGCGGAACAGGUGGUAUGGGUGGAAUGAGUGGGAUGGGUGAAAUGGGUAUGAUGGGCGGAACAGGUGGUAUGGGUGGAAUGGGUAUGAUGGGCGGAAUGGGUGGGAUGGGUGGCGGUAUGAUGACCGGCAUUGGUGGAAUGACUGGAGGAAUGGGCGGCUUUGGAAUGUACAGACGAGGUCACCACUACAAGAAAUGCUCAUGCAGAAAGCGCUGUUACCCAUGGGAAAGAUACGCAGGACGUUGUUGGUGGUGUAAAUAUCAUCACUGUAGAGUCCGAUGCUGUAGAAGAAUAUGGUCCUUCCACCACCAAGGUUAAGGGUUUUCGAUUCCGGAAUGUGCGAUGAAAACUAAGUCAACGUGAUUUACAUAUAUUCUUCUUUACUGUUCAUUGCUUAUUUAGUCUCGCUAUAAUAAACUGAUUUCUGCAUUCA